CAGAUUUUCACCCGCUACCUCCACCUCUGCCCACAAUUUUCAAGAUGAUGGCCGCACGUGGUGUCUCGCUUGGAAUUGGAAAAAUAAAUUUGUCGGAUUUGAACCAAUUACCGCAGAAUAGAAUGCUAGCAGCUCAAAUGAAGAAAAAGGAAAAUGAGAAGAAUCGGAAACCGAGGAUAAUUAUCAAAAAGAAGGCUGAUGCAAAGACAGUAUGGGCAGCCUGCCGGGCGGUUAUCUUCGGAUGCAUCAUCAUUUGCGUCGGCCUUGCCAUGACGGUUUUAGGAUAUUUCGACAAACAUUUCUCGGAGAAAGUAGAAAUAAUCGAUGGUUCUGAAAAGGUCUCCUACGACAGAAUGAUACAAUAUCAGCUUAAGAGUAUGCAGUACCUCGGUCCAAUCCUCAUGGGAAUCGGCUCAUUUAUCCUCAUAAUCGCCUGCGUAGUAACCCUGGAGAGCCGUGACAAACAUGCACAAAUCAUCACAGAAGAGUCGAUUCUUCAGAAGCGACGACGAUUAAUAUCGGAAGAAGAGGAGAAAGCCGAGCAUAAUGAUGUUUUUAUUGAUGAUGAUGAGGGAAAGGAAUCAUUUUUUGGAGAUGGAAGAAGAUUUGUCACCCUGGAUGCCAAUCGUCUGGCCCCACUUGCUGACGUGGAUUCCCUGACGGACAUCUCAUUGACACAUCGGGGAGGAUCAGAGUCUAGGCUGCAAUCCGACGACGCUACCGUACCACCACCGGAUGAUCAAUUUUUCCAAGAAUCCGAGCUUCAAGAAAUUGAGCAAAACGAUGCGACAACCUCCGGACUCGUUGAUUUGAGCACGAAUCCGCAAGAUGAUGCUGUAACAUCUGAAGAUCUCGGAAAUACAGAAACUGAAGAAAUAACUGAAAUUUCUGAGAUUUCUGAAAAGCCGAAAAAAUCGUCGAAAACUCCCAAACUUCGGCUGGAAAUUUUAGCGUCAGAAAUGGAGUGAUUAUUUGGAAUUUUAGGAUUUUGUUAUUUUUGCCUUUCCCUUUCAAUUUUUUUUGCCGGGUUUGCCACAAAUUGUUGAGCGUUUCAUAAUCAUGAUCACUUGCAGCUUUUGCGACUUUCUGUAUAUUUCUGGAAAAAGAGCUAAUAAAUUUGUUAAUUUCUCCAACAAAAAAAUAAAUAAAA